AGCCAGUGUGUGACAGAGCUGUGUGUUGGCAGUGAGAACUGAUCGUGGCAGAGCAGAGAUGUAGUGUUGCUCACUGGGACUCCGUGGCCAGUCGUCUGUCACUUUUUACCGGGGAUCAUUUGUUUGACAUUACCCGCGGAAUGGGAAAGACUGGAUUUAAUUGUUUGCACGGUUCUGCAUAAAUGUGUCGCGUAAUGCGACCGAGAAGAGACGCCUUUUUGGGGAAAUCUUUAUGUUUGGGGACGGUUUUGUUGGAGUAGCUGGUUGCUAGCGCUGGGCUAGCGGCUGUACUGGCUACUUCCUAACGUAUCUGUUAAGGAUGCUCCGGUGGAUACGACAACAGCUGGGCUUCGACCCCCCUCAUCAGAGUGACACCAGGACGGUUUAUGUAGCAAAUCGUUUCCCCCAGCAUGGCCACUACAUACCACAACGCUUUGCUGACAACAGAAUCAUCUCGUCCAAGUACACAGUUUGGAAUUUUGUCCCCAAGAAUCUCUUUGAGCAGUUCAGAAGAAUAGCCAACUUCUAUUUUCUCAUUAUCUUCCUUGUACAGUUAAUGAUAGACACCCCAACUUCCCCAGUCACCAGCGGCCUGCCUCUCUUCUUUGUGAUCACAGUAACUGCUAUAAAACAGGGCUACGAGGACUGGCUGAGACACAAGGCGGACAACGAGGUGAAUGGAGCUCCAGUGUUUGUGGUCCGCAGUGGGAGUCUGGUCCAGACAAGAUCUAAGAACAUCAGGGUGGGGGACAUUGUUCGUGUAGCUAAAGAUGAGACAUUCCCAGCUGACCUGGCGUUGCUGUCCUCAGAUCGUGCAGAUGGCACCUGUCACAUCACCACAGCCAGCCUCGAUGGAGAGACCAACCUUAAGACUCACUACUCCGUGGCGGAGACAGCAGUGUGUCAGUCGGUAUCUCAGCUGGAGGCUCUGCAGGCCGUGGUGGAGUGUCAACAACCGGAAGCUGACCUGUACAGGUUUGUCGGUCGGAUUACGGUGACUCAGCAAGGAGAGGAGAUAGUCAGACCGCUGGGUCCAGAGAAUUUGCUGCUGCGAGGAGCCCGGUUGAAAAAUACCAAAGAGAUUUUUGGUGUGGCGGUUUACACAGGGAUGGAGUCCAAGAUGGCCCUCAACUAUAAGUGCAAGUCCCAGAAACGCUCUGCAGUCGAGAAGUCCAUGAAUACCUUCCUAAUCAUCUACCUGGGCAUCUUGCUGUUCGAGGCUGUGCUCAGCACCAUCCUGAAGUAUGCCUGGCAGGCUGAGGACAAAUGGGACGAGCCUUUCUACAACCAAAAGACAGAGCAAGAGAGAAACAGCAGUCCGAUCUUGAAGUUCAUCUCAGACUUCUUGGCGUUUCUGGUCCUCUAUAACUUCAUCAUCCCCAUCUCGCUCUACGUUACUGUGGAGAUGCAGAAGUUCCUGGGCUCCUUUUUCAUUGGCUGGGAUUUGGACCUUUACCACGAGGAGAGUGACCAGAAGGCUCAGGUCAACACCUCUGACCUCAAUGAGGAGCUAGGCCAGGUGGAGUAUGUGUUUACAGAUAAGACGGGUACGUUAACGGAAAAUGAGAUGCAGUUCCGUGAGUGUUCAAUUAAUGGAAUCAAGUACCGAGAAGUUAACGGCAAACUGGUACCAGAGGGGAUGACCGACGAUUCACCAGACGGUUCUACGCCUCACCUGAUCGGUGAAGAAUUGUUAUUUCUCAAGGCGGUGUCAUUGUGUCACACGGUUCAGAUCAGCUACGACCAGCCAGACUGCCUGGUUGGGGGAGGAGACCCAUUCUCCCAUGUCAACGGUUUCUCUUCCAAUCACAUGGAGUACUACGCCUCUUCGCCGGACGAGAAAGCUUUAGUAGAGGCAACAAAGAGGAUCGGAGUUGCCUUCACUCGCUGCAGUGGAGAUAUCAUGGAGAUCAAGACAUUUGGCAAGUCAGAGAGAUAUAAACUACUCCAUGUGUUAGAGUUUGAUGCAAACCGCAGAAGGAUGAGCGUCAUACUGCAGACUCCCUCAGGAGGCAAUGUGCUGUUCACCAAGGGCGCAGAGUCGGCCAUCUUGCCUUUUACUUCCAGUGGUGAAAUCGAAAAGACGAGACUGCACGUUGAUGAAUUUGCCUUGAAAGGUUUACGGACCUUGGUUGUGGCAUGUCGCCAUUUCAGCCCAGAGGAGUACAUUGAAGUGGACGGGCGUCUGAAUGCUGCCCGCACCGCGCUUCAGCAGAGGGAGGAGAGACUGCAGGAGGCCUUCAGCUACAUCGAGAGAGACCUGCAUCUGCUGGGAGCAACGGGGGUUGAGGACAAACUCCAAGACAAAGUCCAGGAGACCAUCGAGGCUCUGCGGCUGGCAGGGAUCAAAGUUUGGGUGCUGACAGGGGACAAACAUGAGACAGCAGUCAGCGUCAGCCUGUCCUGUGGCCACUUCCACAGAACCAUGAACAUCCUGGAGCUUCUGCAACAGCGUUCUGAUAACGAGUGUGCUGAGCAGCUCCGCAGACUGGCCAGGAGGAUAAAGGAGGACCAUGUCAUACAGCACGGGUUAGUCGUGGAUGGAGCCAGUCUGUCUUUAGCGCUGAGGGAACACGAGAAGCUCUUUAUGGAAGUGUGUAAAAACUGUUCAGCUGUGCUGUGCUGCCGCAUGGCCCCUCUGCAGAAAGCUAAGGUGGUGCGACUUUUUAAAACCUCUCCAGAGAAACCCAUCACCCUAGCUAUUGGGGAUGGAGCCAAUGAUGUCAGCAUGAUACAGGAAGCUCACGUGGGCAUCGGUAUCAUGGGAAAAGAGGGUCGUCAGGCCGUGAGAAACAGUGACUAUGCAAUUGCCAGGUUUAAGUUCCUGGCUAAACUUCUGCUGGUCCACGGUCACUUCUACUACAUUCGAAUAGCUACGCUUGUACAGUACUUUUUCUACAAGAAUGUGUGUUUUAUCACGCCCCAGUUUUUAUACCAGUUCUUCUGUCUGUUUUCACAACAAACUCUGUAUGACAGUGUUUAUUUGACACUGUACAACAUCUGCUUCACCUCGCUGCCCAUCCUGGUUUACAGCCUGUUUGAACAGCUGGUCCAUCCACACGUACUGCAAAAUAAACCUGGCCUGUACAGGGACAUCAGCAAGAACUCCCUGCUGUCUUUCCGGACGUUCCUGUACUGGACUCUCUUGGGCUUCUGUCAUGCCUUCGUCUUCUUCUUCGGAUCCUACAUACUGAUGGGAGAGGACACCACGCUUAUGGGCAAUGGGCAGAUCUUGCGAGCUAACAGGCAGCUGAUGUUUGGGAACUGGACAUUUGGAACGCUGGUCUUUACUGUCAUGGUCAUCACAGUCACCUUAAAGCUUGCUUUAGAGACUCAUUUCUGGACGUGGAUGAACCAUUUUGUGACGUGGGGUUCGAUUGCCUUCUAUUUCAUCUUCUCCCUCUUCUAUGGAGGCAUCAUCUGGCCAUUCCUCCACACCCAGGACAUGUACUUUGUAUUCGUACAGCUGCUGUCCAGCGGUUCUGCCUGGUUCGCCAUCAUCAUCAUCGUCAUAACUUGCCUCUUUCCUGAUGUGGUGAAGAAGGUCUUCUAUCGACAUCUGCAGCCCACCAGCACGCAGAAGAGUCAGUCUAUAUCAGCCCCCCAGGCCCUCAGCUGUAUGGAGUCCCUGUGCUGCUACCAACAUGGGCAGAGCGGCUGUUCCCGCCUGGCCCGCCUCCUGGAGCACAUGACCGGGCAGUGCCAGGCCAGCACCAACCAUUGCCACACAUCCAGUCGCAACAACAGGUCUUGGAGCGACACAGAGAACUUCUACUCCAACGAUCGCAGCAUCCUGACGCUGUCGCCCAUCGAGGCCACCCACUGCUGACUCCCAGGGCCGCUGACUGUAACACGCAGAGCUUGGGGAGAGCUUCUACUCUGCUUAAUCAUCCCCCGGAUCCCCCUUGCCACCAUUUUCUUAACCUACUUAAGUCUAAGCUCAGUGAAUUGUUAGCUGGAUGCAAUGCGGACGCAUCAUUUGAAACCAAAGGACUCGGCUCGGUGUAGCAGGCUGCUUUAUCCUUCACCAGAGGGGAAUCAAUUCUUUGCAGAAAGGUUGAGAAUGAUGUCAGAUGGGAGCUGCAACAUGGAAGGAAACAAAAUAAAACAUGAAGUGUGGAGCAAGUCAGCAUGGCAAGAAGCAGACAUCUGUGAAGCUAUUCCUGUAGGAAGAUCCAGUCUGCAUCGGAGUAGGGACGAUUAUCAGAUUCCUGUUGCUUACAGGGUCUGCAAGUCCUGUAGAAAUAUCUGAAGCAUAUUUAAAUUCAGGACUUUUUUUUCUAACAUUAAAGAAGACAUGUCAGCUCACAGGUGCUGCCCUCUGAGAUCAGCCCAGGUACUUGAACUCUAAUGCAGCUAUUUAUUUUUCAUUUUCAACACAGUUGCCAAACUUUUUCUUGCAACUGGCAUUAAAACGACCUUGUAAGUCUACAGAUUUGUAGACGCAGAAUGAAUACUCCUGACGACCUGGGUUUUUUCCUAGCUAAUGUCAGGCAGCGGCUGCUGGAAGGACUGUAGUUUAACCUCAAUACAGGACUGAGCUGGCUUAUAGACGUCAGCCAUGUAGCACCAGAAAUGAAGAUCCGCAAAGUCGGACUACUUUAGGAGUUCAUCUCAGAGGUGUUGGCUAGCAGCCCAACAUCAUGUUGCUUCCAUAAUCUGCUGCAUACACUUCCUUUUUGAGCCUCGCUGCACCUUCAUUUCUCAUUCAGAUGGAAAGGGAAAAAAGCUAGACUCCCUACAGUCCUGUAGCUAUCAGAGCCUUGCUGGUUCUGUUUAAGUCUAGACUAGUUUCCUUAGGACCUGCAGUACUUCGUAGAUACUGUACAAGGAGAUUCAUCUCUACCGUGGAACCAAAGACCAAAGGAUUCAGACUGGAGUUUAAAAAGUGUUUAUUUUUGUGCCUGAUUGUACAGAAGCUUAUAUCUUUGUUAAGAAGACCUAUUAUUAUUGUUCGUGCUGCUUUCUCGUCUGACUGUUCGGGCCUCUGUCUCCCCGGUGCGUUGCUCUGAAGGAGGCCGGAUGAGGUCUGGUUAAAAAGCCAUACAUUUUCAAGAGGUUAUAUUAUUGAUAGAUUCUAGAAGGUACUGCAUUUAGAAGCUGUUUGAGCCUCUUGUUGUUUCUUUGUGUUUGGAAACUCGUUCCCCUUUAAUGCCUUUUCUCAUUCAGCCCAGUUAGCAAAGGCAUCUCAGCACUUAAGACCAUGAUGCUCAGGGAAUAUUUUGAGGUAACAGGAUCAGUGUCGAAGGCUGGAAUGAUCCCUCUCGGCUGCCUGAAAAUAUUAUCGGAUCAGAUAGUGGCACCUUUUUUGCUUCAGUGGGACAAAAUGGCUUUAAUGGUGAGAUGCUUUUCCAAAUCACGGCUGAUGCAUGUCGACCCACACGGCAGAAUGUCUCUAUCUUUAGAGGGAUGGUUAUAUCAGAUAAAUAUAAUUCAGCUUCUACAGAGAUGGAAAGAAAAGCAGAGCGUUUGCACAAGUCACAUAUCAAAAUCACAUUUUGUUGUUCCUCAAGUCAUCAUCUUCAUUGAAAUCAUCUGGAUCAUAUUUUUGCUGUUACGUUAUUCUAUCCACCUGUUGGUGAAGUGUGUGUUUGUGUGUGUGUGUGUGGUGUGUGGUGUGUGUUUUUUGUAUGGCAGCCAUGUUGGUUGAAGGAAAUGCGGUUCGUAGCCUAGUUGUAAGCUCUUUGUACGAUCUCUGUGGCCACGUGCUGCCCACAGGUCAAAGGUCAAAUGUGUUUUUCUUUGACCUCUCUUCUUCCAAAAAAAAAGUUUGUAGUAGUUGACUCCAGAAGGUGAAUCGUAGAAACAAGACAACCGUUUUAAACUUGACAUCAACAACAAUGACCAGUACAUGCCUCGGCUCACACAGGGGACAAACAGAGUCAUAGGAGGGUUCUGUCGCUACGGUUACUGUUUAAAGAAGUCAGACAGUUCAUGAUGUUUUUGUCAGUCAAUUCAUUGAAUAUUCUUGAUGUUUAUUUUCUAUAUGGUACACGUUGUUUGAUGCAUACCUGGGCCUGUUAUAUCCUUUCUGUUCACACAGGUGCAACUGACGAUGAAAGUGUCUAUUUAUUAUUACUUUUUCCUGUGUUUAUGUUGAAUUUUUCUUACAUAUCAAUACAAACAAAUGUGUCCUGUACAUGGUCUGAAUGCAGCAACCUCUCACAAUGUUUUACUGGAUCUUAUUCAUCUUAUCAGAAGGUAAACUCUUUUUUUUUUGUUGUUGUUUUUUUUUUUAUAAACCUGAGAGGUGCCUGAAAUAAACAGGAUGUCACAGGAAAAGGACACUUGGAAACUUCCACUUCAGGUUUAGAUCACUCCAUCCUACAACCCAGGAGUUAAUGAUCAGGUCACAUUUACACAGGUGAUAAGUUUUUUUGUGGGUUUUUUUUUUUUUUUUUUUUUAACAUUUGAGUUAAAAUGUCCAAAAGGGAUACAACUAUGAUAAAUUUCACCUGUACCUGGAUUAGGAAAAAUAUACAUGUUAAUUCUGUUUUUUUUAAGAUACACCAGUUUUACAAAUAAAGGUCAAUUUACUUAUAAUGGAGGGUCCUCCUCAGCCCUUGAAAAUAAUAAUGUACAAUGCCCUCUGUGGUUUCUGAAGUAUGAGAAAAUCAGACAAAUGAGAUAGUGUUUCUUAAUUCACCCAGGGAAUAGAAAACCAAAACUCGGAAAACCUUUCUCAUUGGAAUCAGCAGAAACACAUGCAGUGCUAGUGCAGUUCUGAUGCCCCCUUGUGCUGACCUACGGAGACCCAAAGUUUUCAAAAUUAAAUGAGAUGUUUUGACAGUUUGGAAAUGAAUGUAACUGUCUUUUUAAAUUAAAUGUAAUGCCCUUUUCCCCCCAAAAAAAUCUGUCAUAAGCAACAGUUAAUCAAAUAAGUCGCUCUGGUCUGUUAAUCUCAAUUCACAUAAAUAAGUAGUAUUAUGAAAACAAAUUUAAGAAAAGAGACAUUAUGGAAUAAAAACUUGUUGUGCAAGAAGCAAUGUGAAGUAACAUUGAAUAAUAAUGAGCUGAGUUUAACAAUAUGUGGGAUUAUUUCACAAUUCCGUGGUCAUUUAUUUAUAAUUUUGCACACUUUGGGCCACGAUAUUCACCUGUCUAAUGUAAUUGCAAUUCUAUCCAAACGAAUAUCCAGGUAAAGAUUUGAUUUUUUAUUCUUUUACCAAUUUAAUUGGGCCCCAAGUGGCACUAGAAUGAUAUAUUUGCUGAAAAACAGAUACUGUAGGGGUUUUUUUGUUUUGUUUUUUAAGCUCAAAUGUGACUUUAGUAUCAGCCAAGACCUGAUUCUUCAAAGCAUCACAGCACUGACGUCAACUGAGCUUCAUUAAGAGAGCAGCAGGGUUUGGGUACGACGCCUCAAGUAUAUUUCUAGAAGCAGGAGAUUAUUCAGCCAACUAAUUAAAAAAUGUCAUUUAAUAUUUUACCAAGCCUCAACUACAGAUGAUGAUCAUGUCAUCCAUCAGAAGCACCACCCACCUUCAAUUGGGUAUCUUAUUAAGAGCUGUGAAAAUCUGUCUUUGGAUGUGGUUUAAACCAAAAAGUGCUUCUGGAAAUAUCGGCCAUAUAUUGAAUAUGUAUAAAGACCAAAUGAAAUUGGAGAUCUGUCAUUUUUAUUCAGUCUUUAUCCUGAUCCUGAACUAAUUCAAUUCAAUCAACACAUCGUUACUGUAAAUGAUACAAACUAAAUCUUCACCUUAUGUGAGGGAAUUUCACACUCAAGAAGGUUUUGAAUUGAAAAACAAUGCUGUCAGUGCAGAGAUGCUCUUGGAAAGUUCAGUUUGCAGACUUGAAUCAAAUUGUGGUUUCCUUGAUCAUAUCACCUGCAAAGAAAAUGUCAACCGAUCAGUUUUCUGCUGCAGAAUGUCCUGUGACUAAGCAUCAGCCAGUACGACACAAAGCUUCCGAUCAAUGCUGAACGGUUUAUUGAAAUCAUUUUUAUCGUCUUCAUGCUGCAUCACUCUUCUGUUGACUGAUGUCUAUUGCUGUCUGUCUUCCUUCCUCCUCCUGUCUGUAAAUCUGUCUUAUAGCUGAUGUUUAUGAAAAUGCGGUUCUAUUUACAAAAUAAAUCGAUUUUUAAGAAA